AUGGUGCACGGCGACGACAUGCAGCACCGGGCCAACUACUACGCAAACGGGCGCCAGGUGCGUGGCUACCACAUUGUCAACGUAGCCCUGCACUGCGCAUGCUCCGUGCUGGUGGCUAUAGUCGCACGACGCGUGAUGAGGAUCACUGCUCUCCACGCGUGCCUGGCUGCGACGCUGUUCGCGGCUCAUCCAGUGCAUACUGAGGCUGUGUCGAGUAUAGUGGGCCGGGCCGAAGUUCUGUGCUGCCUCUUCUUUCUACUGUCUUUCCUCUGCUACCACAGGCCAGUCUACAGCCACUGCAUACGAGACGUUGUCUACCGAUUCAUCUCGGAUAGCGAUGUUAUCGUCCUCGCGUCAUUGACGACAUUGCUCUUAUGCUUCAGGCUAUGGAUAUUACAGGGAAGCUUCCCCGAGUUUUCCGAGAUGGAUAACCCAGCGUCCUUCUCGUCGAUGCGCACGACCAGGCUGCUGACGUACAGCUACCUAUGCGCCUUCAACGCCUGGCUGGUGCUUUGUCCACGUACUCUGUCAUACGAUUGGCAGAUGGGCAGUAUACCUCUAGUGACGUCACCACUCGACACCAGGAAUCUGGCCACACUGGCGAUAUUCGCCUCGCUAUUAGCUCUCGCCUGGCGGGCUUUGACCCCCUCAAACACGAAACGGAGCAAUGCCGAUGGAGCAAGAGAGCAGUUCUGUUACUACAACAACGUCGAGCGACCGGGCGAGCCUUCAUGGGGACUACUAGUGCCACUGCUGCUGACCGCGCUGCCUUUCCUGCCGGCAUCCAAUCUCUUCGUCACCGUCGGCUUUGUUGUAGCGGAAAGAGUUCUCUACAUUCCCAGCAUCGGUGUGACUCUGCUUGUAGCCGAAGGAUUGCACCGCCUGCACACGCGGUGCUCUCCAGCGCUUCGGUGGUGCACUACGAGCCUCUGCUUCAUUCUAGUGCUGCUCUUUGCUGCACGCACCUGGAAUCGGAACGCUGCCUGGGCGUCCAGAGAAGCCCUAUUCGAAUCGGGCAUUAGGGACCUUCCAGGAAACGCAAAGAUGCACUACAACUACGCCAAUCUGCAGAAGGACAUCGGUAACACUGACCUGGCCAUUAAACACUACAGGCUAGCUAUCGAGUUGUGGCCAGAGCACGCCAGCGCGCACAAUAACUUGGGCACUGUUCUGACGUCAGCAGAAGAAUCGGAACAACACUUCCGGUACGCCUUGCAUGUCAAUCCGAGCCACCCAGGGGCUCACUUCAACCUCGCUAAUAUCUACAGCAAACGAGGACAAAAAGAGGUGGCUAAGACCCUGCUCGAGCGCGCGGUGGAGCUGGAGCCCGAUUUCUGCGAGGCGUACUCACUUGCUGCACUCGCCGCCGAAAAGGGAGACCUUACCGAGGCCGAGAGGCUGCACCGGAUGGCGUUAAGCAGCGACGACCGAAAUGCGGACGCCCGGAACAACUACGGGACAUUCCUUCAGUCACACGGCCGCAGUGAAGAGGCCGUGGCACAGUACCAACAAGCUUUACACCUUCAGCAAAACCACACUGUGGCACUCCUUAACGCAGCUAGAAGCCUUCGCAGCAUGAACCUCAACAUGCAAGCCGAGAGCCUCUACAAGAGGGCCCUUGCUGUUGAGCCAGAUCCUCAGGUGAUGGACAUCGCCCUUUUCUACGUCAAUGCUGGUCGGGGACGAAGCAAGGCAGCUAUUUGAAGAAUCGAUCGGCUUUUCCCCGAGAACCGCGACAACAAGGUUCACCAUGCUCAGCUUCUUAUUCGGCUUCGAAGUUUUCGAGCGGCUGAGGACCUCCUUCUGGAUGUCAUUGAACACAACAGCACCGACAGAGGAGCCCUGCACACUGCUGCGCUAUUGUACAACCACAUCAACCGCACCGUCGAGGCACUGGACUACAUACUGAAAGCUCUGAAACUGUGCGGUGUUGAUGACGUGCUUUGUGCAAGAAUACACAGCGAUCAUGGUGACAUACUCAAGGACUUAGGCGACAUCACCUCGUCGGCACAGAGUUAUGAAGUCGCCAUUCGCCUGGAUCCUGACCUUGCUCAUGCUCAUCUGAACCUUGCCGUGAUCAGGCACUUAGAGAGUGACUACCCAACUGCAUUUCGGCACUACCAAACGGCCUUGUCACUCGACCCAAAGAACAAGCUCAUCCUAGACAACAUGGCCAAGUUGAGGCGGCGAAUGACUAGGCCUUUCCACGACUGCGUCUAACGCUGGACUGCGCUUACUGCUGACGCUUCGUCGAAAUGCAUUUAUGGUGCCGCAU